AUGGAUUCCGAGCAACAAAAGCUUGGGGAGAAGGAAGCACGGGUGCCGGAGAUGGAUUUGAGCCCUGAUUUCCCGUCGAUCGACGAGGAAGCCGAAAAGAAACUCAUCAGAAAAAUGGAUAUGUACAUUCUUCCCUUUGUGGUCCUUCUCUAUCUCUUCAGCUUUCUAGACAGAGUCAACAUCGGAAAUGCUCGGUUAUAUGGGCUGGAGGAGGAUCUGGGUUUGGUUGGUGAUCAGUAUCAAAUUGCAGUGUCGAUAUUUUUCGUCACCUACUGCUUAUUUGAGGUACCGUCGAAUCUCGUCAUAAAGAAGCUUACCCCGUCACGCUAUAUUGCAUCUAUAUCGGUUAUCUGGGGCAUCAUAGCAACACUUACUGGUAUCACUCAAAACUACGGCGGCCUUAUUGCUUGCCGUCUGCUUCUCGGAGUCGUUGAAGCCGGUCUUUUCCCCGGCCUCGUCACGUACUUAACUACCUUCUACAGCCAGCGUGAAAUUGCACUGCGAACGGGUUACCUUUUUAGCAGUGCAGCCCUGGCCGGCGCGUGUGGAGGUCUUCUCGCAUAUGGCAUUGGCUUUAUGGACGGGAUUAGUGGGCUCAAGGGCUGGAGGUGGAUCAUGAUCAUCGAAGGAAUCCCUACUGUUCUUAUCGGCGUCGCAACUUGGUUCUUCCUCGCGGACGAUCCCGAGACGGCUUACUACCUCAACGCAGAGGAAAGGGCUUUGGUUGUCAAAUGCCGCAGUCGCCAUUUUGGCCACACGGACUCUGCCCAGAAAUUCCAUUGGGCGGAUGCUAAAGAAGGGGCAUUGGAUUGGAAAAUCUACGCCUUCUCUCUGGCUGAGUUUGGGAUUGAUACCAUGCUUUACGGAUACAGCACCUUCCUGCCUACAAUAAUCAAAGGACUAGGAGAUUGGUCUGUCCCGGAAGUUCAAGCCCUCACGAUUCCUUGCUAUGCACUGGGUGCCAUAGCGUACUUGAUCAUUGCUUGGGUUAGUGAUCGCACCCAGCGUCGCGGAGUGUAUGCUUGCAUCUUCGCGGCUGUUUCAAUUGUUGGGUACGGCAUCCUCAUUUCGGAUUCUUCUUCGGGCGUGCAUUACUUUGGCGCACUGCUUGUUGCCAUGGGGCUGUAUGUGGCCGUUGGGUUGCCACUGGCCUGGCUACCAACCAAUCUCCCCCGCUAUGCAAAGCGAACAUUCGCCACCGGCCUGCAAUUGACAUUCGGAAAUAUCAGCGGCAUUAUGUCCCCCUUCCUCUACAAGACCGAGGAAGGACCUCGCUAUGUGCGAGGGAACGCUGUGACCCUGGGCAUGGUGGGCUUUGCGGGAUCGGUGUAUGGCAUUAUGUGGGCCUAUUAUCACUGGGAAAACAAACGUAGAGACCAGGGCCUCGAAGACCACAAGAUUGAGGGCAUGACAGAUGAAGAGAUUGAAGAAAUGGGAGAUAGGAGCCCACGCUUUCGAUACGCGACAUGA